AUCCGAUAAAGAAUAGGCGAAUGUGAGUGAAUAUUGCGCUGUGGUUUCCUCUGUAUUCUAAUAAAAAGAGGAGGCUAAUCCUGCUUGAUAAAUAAAGUGUGUCAAGUGAAAAAUAAGCAAGAUCAUGCGGAACUUGAAUGUUUACCGUACAUGCACAACUGAGAGCUGACAAGCCCACUUAUCCGGAGCGAGCAAGGUGUAGUUCUUCAAGAAUACAAAUAGGACACUUCAUUUUUAUUGCCUUUCAUUGUUAACGGUGAUGUUUAACGAGCCCUGAAGCUACACUUUGAAAUGUUUUCGGCAACAAGCAGCAUCUCCUUGGAUACCCAGUCACAAGUAUAUGAUUUUAAGAGUGAAGAAAAUGCAUUAAAAUGGCAAGGACUCUUCAAAGAAUCACUUGGAAAGGUUUUGAGCCAGUUGCAUAUUAACCUCACUGCCCGUGAGGAGGCUCUGGAGCAUGUUGAAUCCCUGAUUCUGCAGUUGCUCAUGGUUCUGGCUGGAAAGCCAAUGCCACACACUGUGCAGGAUGUGGAAGACAAAGUUGAGAAAACAUUCCCAAACCCAAUCAACAAGUGGGCAAUAAAAGAGGCCCGUGGUGUACUGGAGAAGGGGAAGAAGAAAUCAGUUGAAUUGCCAGUGGAAAAAGUUCACAACCUCCUAGUUAAGGAGGUGUUUCAGCAUAAAAUCGAUUUUCAAGUGUCAUUGUACAUUGUGGCUGUUCUGGAGUAUAUUGCUGCUGAUAUCCUCAAUCUGGCGGGCAAAUACAAGAAGAACAUCCACCAUGUGGAGCACCACGCCAUCACGACGCAGGACAUCAAGACGGCGAUAUCGGCCGAUCAGAACUGGAUAGUGCUGACCAAGGUGCUCAUGGACAUGUUCGAGCAAGACGACGACGUAUCCGCCUUCUCCGCCAUCGAGGACGAGCCGGUCACGGCUAUCAACUACGACGAGGCCGUCAAAGAGAUCAUCCUCGAGGAGAAGCAGUACAUGCGCGACCUGAACCUCAUCCUGAAGGUGUUCAAGGUGCAGAUCGAGCGCACCAACCAGACCACCCCGCGCGACAUGGAGCUCAUCUUCAGCAACCUGUCUGACGUGUACGAGUGCACUGCCACCGUGCUGGGUCAGCUGGAGGACACGCUGGAGAUGACCGAUGAUGGCUGGCACCUGAGCGUCGGAAGCUGCUUCGAGGAGCUGGCGGAGGACUCAGAGUUUGACGUGUACGAGAAGUACACGACAGACGUGCUGGAGCCGCAGUGUCGAGAGCACCUGUCCUCGCUGCUGGAGCAGACGGAGAUCUACAACCGCCUGGGCACGGCCGGACACGGGUUCCGCGAGGCGGUCAAGUACGUGCUGCCCAAGCUGCUGCUGCUGCCCGUCGCGCACGUGCUCAAGUACUUCGAUAAUAUCAAGAUGCUGUGCCACCUGGCGCAGACGGAGGACGACCGCGAGGUGCUGGAGCAGGCGCAGGGGAUGCUGAAACCGCUGCAGACUCAGCUGGAGCGCAUCGUCUCCAACAGCGGCGUCACGGUGCUGCCGCGCCGCAAGGCCGGCGACCCCCCGGCGCGCAACAAUCGCUCCCUGCGCCAGGCGAGCCUGCAGAAGAUGAACGAGGUGCAGCGCUCCAUUGACGGCUGGGAGGGCAAGGACAUCAGCCAGUGCGGCUGCAGCGAGUUCGUGAAAGAGGGUGUUCUGGGUAAGGUAGGCAGCGGCCGUAAGCUGACGGAGCGGCAUGUCUUUCUGUUCGACGGUCUGAUCGUGCUCUGCAAGCCCAACAGUCGACGCUCGUCAGUCACCGGCCCCGUGGCCGAGUUUCGGCUCAAGGAGAAGUUCCAGAUCAGGAAGGUGGAAAUCAAGGACCGCGAGGACAGCGAUGAUCUGCGGUUUACGUUUGAGAUCGCGCCGCGGGAACAGAGCAGUGUGAUUCUCUUCGCCAAAACGGCGCAAGACAAGAACGAGUGGAUGGCCAGUCUCAUCAUGCUCAACACAAAAAGCAUGCUGGACCGCUCGCUGGACAUGAUCCUGCUGGACGAGGAGAAGAAGAACCCGCUGCGUCUGCCGGACCCGGAGCUGUACCCGUUCGCCGAGCCCGACAGCCCCGAGAACAUCGUGCUCGAGCAGCCCGAGUCGGGCGGAGUGCCGCUCAUCAAGGGCGCCACGCUGACGAAGCUGACGGAGCGUCUGACGUACCACAUGUACGCCGACCCGAUGUUCGUGCGCACCUUCCUUACCACAUUCCGCAGCUUCUGCACCGCACAGGAGCUGCUGACGCUGCUGCUGAAGCGCUACAACAUCCCGGAGCCGGCAGCGCUGGCCGACCAGUCGCCCACACCGACCGGACUCGACACCAAGGCCGUCAAGGCCACACUGCGCGACGACAACAAACGCUUCCGAAAGGAGUACAGCCAGCCCGUCAAGUUCAGGGUGUUAAACGUGUUGAGACACUGGGUGGACCACCACUUUUACGACUUUGAGCGCGAUCAGAAGCUGCUGCUGCGGCUGGAGAGCUUCCUCACGGAGAUCCGGGGCAAGGUGAUGCGCAAGUGGGCAGAGAGCAUCACCAAGAUCAUCCAGAGGAAGAAAAAGCGUGAUGAGCUGAAGCCGGAGGUGGUGUUUGGUGUGGACCGGUCGCCGCCGCCCACCGAGUGGCACGUCUACAAGAGUGAGGACGACUGGAAACACCCGCCGGACGACUCUGGCGUGAUGCUGCUGCUGCUGCUGCACCCGAUCGAGGUGGCGCGCCAGCUGACCCUACUCGAGUUCGACCUGUACCGGGCCGUCAAACCGGCCGAGCUGGUCGGCUCAGUGUGGACCAAGGAGAACAAGCAGCAGGCGUCGCCCAACCUGCUCCGAAUGAUUCACCACAAUACCAAUGUGACGCGGUGGCUGGAGAAGUGCGUGGUCGACACGGACAACAUCGACGAGCGUCGCGCCGUCGUGUCGCGCAUCAUCGAGAUCAUGGUGGUGCUGCAGGAGCUCAACAACUUCAGCGGCGUGCUGGAGGUGGUGGCGGCACUCGACAGUGCCGCCGUACACCGGCUCACGCUCACAUUCGAGGAGAUCGUUCCGAAGCUGGACCGGGCGCUGGAGGAGGCCCGCGAACUCUGCCACGACCACUACAAAAAGUACCAGGAGAAGCUGCGCUCCAUCAACCCGCCCUGUGUGCCGUUCUUCGGCAUGUACCUGACCAACAUCCUGCACAUCGACGAGGGAAACCCGGACUUUCUGCCCAAGUCGGAUCGUCUGAUCAACUUCAGCAAACGGCGGAAGGUGGCGGAGAUUACGGGCGAGAUUCAGCAGUACCAGAACCAGCCCUACUGCCUCAAACCCGUACCCAAAAUCAGGAGCUUCCUGGAGUCGUUGCGGCCGUUCGAGGAGGGCAAGGAGACGGAGGAGAUCAACAACUAUCUGUACACCCGGUCCCUGACCAUCGAGCCGCGCGGCUGCCGCGUGCCGCCCAAAUUCCCGCGGCAAUGGGACGGCAUCUCUCUCCGCUCGCCGGGCAUCAAGGCGCGCCGCUCGAACGUGCCGCACCCGCUGCCUUCAAUGCGCCACACGCCGUCCCGUAUCGCCGAGGAGGCCAACAACAACAACCCGGAGACGCCGCGCGUGCUUACCCCGCCCACACCGUCGACUCCCUGCUCGCCGCCGCACACGGCCAACAGUGACAACAGCGUGUUCGCGCCGGUGGUGCUGGGCACCGCCAGCAGCAACUGCAGCUCAGGUUACGGGAGCACAGUGACGCUGACAUCUCUACCGCCGCCACUACCGCCGCCGCUGCCACCGCGCCGCAAACGCGAGCUCUCCCUGGCGGACGUGUCUGCUCGCGUCCAGCAGGCGCCCGACGCGCCCGAGCUGCCCCCGCGCAACAGCUCUCCGCCGCCGCGGCCGCCGCGGCGCGACCAGACCCUGCCGCGGAUGCACUCUGCCAGCCUGUUGCACGCGCACUUUCCGCCCGACGUGCCGCCGCCGCGGCGUAACUCGUCGGUGGAUUCUCCGCCGCUGCCGCCGCCGCCGCCGGCUACCCUGCCGCGCCGGCUGCCCGCCACCGGUGACCCGGCCACCGAUCCGUUCUCACGGAUGGGCAUGGACAGAGGCGCCGUCCGCUCGGCCAGUCCGUCGUCGGGCAGUCGGAGCGCGCGCGACCCGCACCCGCACCGCAACCACUUCAACUUCAACUUCGCCAUGGCGCCGCCGCUGCCAGCCGCCGGCGCCGGGCCGCAGCUGCCGCCCAAGCCGUAUCGGCAGACAUGCUCGCUGACGGAGCCGGGCGGCGCGCCCUAGGGCCGCCCCCGCCCCCGCCCCCGCCCCCGCUGCCGCCGCCGCCGGGCCGUCGCCGUUCGGCGGCUCGCGAUGAGUGCCACGCACUACGAACAAUACUGUGAUAGAUUGUUGACAAAUCCCGUGAAUAUUUCUAUUAGCUGUAAUCAGCGGUGGCGCGGCCGGGCUGGGCUGAACUGGGCUGGGGAUGGGCGGGGUCAGGUCAGGUCAGGACGGGCCGGGCCGGGCAGGGGCGGACACAGAGGUCACCGGAACCUUGGGCUGUCCGUCUGUCCGUCCAACCGACCGGCUGGCGGGGCGCCGCCGCGGCGGCGGCCGGAGUCAGCGGCCGGCGCUGCCAGGAGCCCGCGGGCCUGCCCCGGCCCACAUUGAUCUCAAUAGAGAAGUGCGUUUCCUCCCGAAGAACGAUCGACUGGUGGUGUGUGCUUACGAUGCCAUAUAUACGCUCAUUAUCAAUGUUGCAAACGUAUUAUAGACGAAGUCGAGAGUACUUUUACCCAUAUGACAACAACGACGCUGAUAUGUGAUUUGUUUUGGGAUGUGAAUUGUUGACGGAUGCUAUCACGUGACCGCUCCGCGGGUUCGAAAGCCGCCAUUUCGAGGGCCCAUCCUGGAAACGAAUGGCUUUAAGCGUGCUGGUGGACGCGGGCGGGUGCCGAACGCCUGCUGCGCCGGGCACACCGGGGCCGGUGCCGCGUGUGAGUGGCCGUGGUGCCGCCCGCUGGUGGCCAAAUGUCGCCUGCUGUAAUAUACAAUUGUACAUAGGACCGUGA